CUGCUCCUUGACAGGUCCAAAACAAGGCAGCGAUGGCGAAGAGGGAUUACCUGGUGGAGGCGGCCAAGCAGAUCCGCAUGGCACUGGACAGCGAGGUCAACGAGGACUACGAGGCGGCUUUCAGCUACUAUAAGAACGGGGUGGACUUGCUGCUGAAUGGGGUUCAGCUGGAUCCAAACAAGGAACGCAGGGAGGCUGUGAAGAGGAAGACGACCCAGUAUCUGAAGAGAGCUGAAGAAAUCUUCAUUACACAUCUGCAGGACAACUUGGGGAAAGGAAGCUCUCAUUUAGGGGGUUACAGCAGCCUGAGAUUCCGUCCAAUCAGACACUUGAGUUCGCCUGUGGAGGAUCUGGAGAUGUGUAAGGUGGUGGGAGUGACUGAUAAGGUCCUGAUUGUCCAGAGUAUGGUCAAUAAGGAGACAUUUGUUGUGAAGAGUCUGGUCAAGUCCAGCUGGGAGAGCAGGGACCAGUCAACCAUCAUUCCUCAGGGGGUGCCAUACAUGGUUAAGCUGCUAAGAUAUUACGUCAGCGAGGAUGCUGUGUACCUGCAUCUUGAGCAUGUCAAAGGUGGGAGGCUUUUCUCCAAGCUGCACAAGCUGAGGAAGGAGAAGGCCAAGGAACACCCAGAAUGCUUCGCUUCCGGCCAGCCCAGCAUCAAGCUGAAGACCAGCUACACCUCACCCACAAUCAGCACAGACUACCAGCACAACAUCAGAGGGAGCGCAGCAGUGAUCCCAGAGAAACUAAGCGACGGGAGCCCAGACACAGACUUCCCCACCUCGUGGGACGAGACUCAGCAGCGACUAGAGAGCUGCGGGACUCACUCCUACAUCGAGGAGACGGGUUGUCUGCAGAACACCCGCUCCGCAGCAUCAUUUCACACCAAGCUCGAUCGUCUAUCUCUGGAUUCGGGCCCGACGAGGACGCAGGUCAACGCCCGCAUCCAUCCACCAGCUCCUAGUUUGUGUUUGCACUCCAGUGAAACUCAGGAACAGCCUGCUCUUCCUCUCUCAUGCACUCGCGUUAGUCAAGCUCUCGAUGUCAUGUCAGAACUCCAAAAACAGAAAGCAGGGAUGGGACUGACGGAGUGCAGCUCAGAGUUCGAAGUUGCAUGGAAAGCUGCAGAUCCGGUGCACAAAUGUGAGCUAAUAAACCCCUAUGCAGUGACUGACAGUCAUUUAAAUAGCACGCUAGGACAAACACCACCUCAUACAAAUCAGACCUCAUUUAUAAAAUCACCAAACAGUGAAAACAACGGUUUGAGUUCCUCCCCUGCAAUUUUGCAUCUUCCUCUCCAUUGCCAAACCCAGAUCCGUGGCAGGGCAUCAUGGGAAACCAAUGGCUCUCACCAAGGAGCUGUUUUGAGUGUUAACUCUGCAGAUGUUGUUACAGACUCAAAGCAGGAGUUCAGCAGUCCCACCACAGAGGAAAGAAAUGGCAUGGUGGUCAUCAGGAGCACAGACAGAGCAGUAUUUUCUGACUACACAGACACCUCAGAAAGCCCCUGGCCUUCCUCUGCUUCCCUCUGCCACAGCAGCAUCGCAGGAAAACAGGGCUCGUUUUCAGGGGUCAAAGGGGAAACGAGAGAGGGCGUAGAGGAGGCCCGCGAAAUGCUGAGUCCCGGAGACAAAGCGGCGCCUGGAAAAGAGCGAUCAUUUGUCAGCUGGUUCUCCUCUGGCUCCACUGGAGCCGCGCCCCAUAUCAGUGGAGAGGAUGUGGACGAGUUCCUUAAAUCAGCAGGAUCAGAGGGGCAAAGGGACGAUCAGAUCAUCGAGGUGGACGGCUGGUGCCACCUGCCUCGGAUCCCCGUGAAGUCCUCCAGGCCUACGGAUAAGUCCAUGCAGACCUGCUGGGGGCUUCCAGAGGCGGAGGUGCGUGUCUUGGGGGCUCAGAUCCUGCUGGCCCUGGAGAGUCUACAUCAGCAAGGCAUCCUGUGUCGGGACCUCAACCCUAGAAACGUCCUGCUCACCAGCAACGGAAAGGUGUGUUUGACAUUUUUCGGACAGUGGAGUGAGGUUCAGUCAGAGAUCAGCUCCAAAGCCAUGGAACAGAUGUACUGUGCUCCAGAAAUUGGUGGCGUUUCCAGGGUUACAGAGGCCUGUGAUUGGUGGAGCCUUGGAGCGUUGUUGUUUGAGCUCCUAACAGGAAUGCCACUGUGGCAGCUUCACCCAGCAGGAAUCCACUCCCACACCCAGCUGAUCAUCCCCAACCACCUCAGCGCCGCAGCUGCGUCUCUGCUCACUGAGUUGCUUCAGUUUGACGCUGGCUAUCGAUUGGGUUCUGGAGGCGGAGGCGUGAGCGACAUCAAGUGUCAUCCUUUCUUCAGCGGCGUCUCCUGGAAAGCUCUGAGCUGUUAGCUGCUGCUGCUGGCCGCUUCACCUCUGACCCCUCUGCCCUGCACUGGAGCUGAAAGUUGAACUCUAAGCAUCCUUGUGUGGCCAAACAGGAUGCAGCACCACAUCCCUUUUUUUUUGCACUUUGUGCUUCCCAAAGAAAAAUGACACAAUAAAAGCUGAAACAUGAA